AUGGGAAUUUUGGAGAUUGAACCAUUUGAUGUGUGGGGCAUUGAUUUCAUGGGACCUUCCCCUUCUUCUUGUGGAAACAGGUAUAUAUUGGUUACAGUGGAUUAUGUGACUAAGUGGGUUGAAGUUGUGGCUUCCAUUACCAACGAUUCUAAGACUAGUGGUCAAGUUGAAGUCUCCAAUCGUCAGAUCAAGCACAUCUUGGAGAAGGUAGUCAACCGGUCAAGGAAGCAUUGGUCCCAAAAAUCAGAUGAUACUUUAUGGGCUCGGCGAACUGCUUUUCAGACACCUCUAGCAACCACCCCAUAUCGAUUGGUCUAUGGCAAAGCUUGUCAUUUACUAGUUGAAAUGAAGUAUCUCUCAACUUGGGCAGUGAAAGACAUUAACUUGGUUUUAGAGGCUGCAGGUGAGGCAAGACUUCUUCAAUUGAAUGAGUUAGAAGAGCUUCGACUGGCAGCAUAUGAAAACCACAAACUUUACAAGGAGCAAACAACGAGAUUUCAUGAUAAGAUGAUUGUGAAGUGUGAGUUUCAUGUUGGUGACAAAGUUCUCUAA